GGUUUUAAAGAACUGAAUAUUACGACCCGACGUAUGUGCGCGAUGCAAUAAAAUAUGCAAAAAUGUAAGAUUCAAAAGAAACUUUAUGUUCUUUUUUGUUAUUAUGUAAGUUAUUUUUUACAAAAUUUAUCGCCAGGUGUUACAACUUCAUAAAAAACCAUGAAACGUUUCCUUAAAAAAUUGCCAUCUAUCUAUGAUAGUUUUCAUGAUAGCCUAUUGUAGCCGAAACUUUAGGAGGUUGUUUCGCCCACUAAAUACGAAAACCGGCCAAAAUAAAAAAACACGUAUAUCUUAAUUUUCGGUCCUUUAAAACCUAUCCAAAAAUCAAAACACCUAAGAUACUUUCCUUGUCAGUUGCAUCAAAUUCGCGAACUUUUAUUUUGGAGAUGGAAAGCUGCAGAUGAUCGUUGGCCAUCGAGACGUUCGGACGGGUAUGGCCCCGCCUGUUCGAAUGCGUUCGUCGAGCAGCACCAGGUCAAUGAACUUCCGAACGUGACCAUUGUGUUUGUGAAGGUGAUAGAACGGGCUGCGAGCUGUGGGCUCUGGAUAGCGAAGCGGACGAAGAAUUCGGAUAUUGAGGUAGGUACGGGCAGAACAGAGACAGAAGACAGGAAGAAAAAAAAAAAAGACGUGGAGCGGUGGAAGAGAAAAAAAUGAAAUAAGGAGUCGGGGGAACAACUGAAUGUGAGAGCAGGAAAGUUGUUCGUACGAGUCACCGAAUAUAAAUACCAAAGUCGGGUCGAAAAGUCAGCAGUAGAAGAUCUGGCUGUGUAUUGAGCCGAUAGUUUGUACUUUGGUACAAAUCGCUUCGAUAUAAAAGUAUCGAAAAUGUACAUGGUCGAGGAGUAUGAAAACGCCAGCAAGUCCCAAUAUCGUGAUGCGCUUGAAAUAAUUGAAGAAUUCGAGAAGGAGAUGUCCGAGAUGAAGGGCAAGUGCAUAGACAUCGGAUGCGGACCCGGGGACGUAACGAAACGGCUGAUCCUACCGAGAUUAUCGUCGGAUGCUGUACUAGUUGGGGCGGACAUAUCAAAACCGAUGAUCGAUCGCGCGAAGCAAAAGUACCAGGAUGAGAAACGCUUGUCGUUCUUGCAGUUGGAUAUCGAAGCUGCGGUUUUGCCUAACGAAGAGAUUGGACAAUUCAGCAAUGCCUUAUCCUUCUAUUGUUUCCAUUGGUGCCAAAACACAUGGCGAGCAUUCGAGAACGUGUACAAGCUAUUGCGACCAGGAGGGAAAGCACUGAUCAUGUUCCUGGCAUGGAACAACGGGUUCGACGCUUACGUGAAGCUGCACGAAAAUCCUCGAUACAAACCGUACAUGCAGGAUGUAGAUCGUUACGUACCCUUCUUCCAACGGUGCAAGGACUCUCGGGCAGCUCUGAGGAAGAUGCUGGAAGGAAUCGGCUUCGAGAUUCUACACUGCAGCAAAAGAGAAAAGAGCUUCGUUUACGAGAACAUGGAGAUACUGAAAAAUCACACGAUCGCUGUCAACCCGUUCAUCCCCCGGAUCCCUGAUGACCUGAGACAGGAGUUCGAGGACGCGAUCGUGCGUGAAAUAGCGAGCCGAAAGAUCCUGUUCCCGAACAAGACCAACAAUGAUCAACAAGAGUACAGCAUUUUAGAUAGAUAUCACAUUCUUGUGGCAUACAUCAAGAAACCUAUCGCUACGUGCUAAGAAAUUCAUUAGACAUUCAUAUGACGCGUUCGUACGAGCGAACAAGAGAUCUAACGUUUUUUUAAUAAAAAACAUUUGUCGUUCUUUAAUAAAA